AUGCUGGGCGAGUUCGUCGGCACCUUCCUCUUCCUCUUCUGGUCCUUUGCUGGCACGCAGAUCGCCAAUACGCCUAAGCCGCCCGAAGGCGCUGAUCCCAAUCCAGCGGCGCUGCUGUAUGCCUCGCUGUCCUUUGGCUUCUCGCUGACAGUCAAUGUGUGGGCUUUCUAUCGCGUGACGGGUGGCCUGUUCAAUCCGUCGGUGACUCUGGCUCUCUACCUGGUUGGAGGACUGCCGCUGCUGCGCAGUGUGCUGGUGUUCAUCGCCCAGAUCCUGGGUGGCCUGGCCGCUGCCGGUGUCGUGUCAUGUCUCUUCCCUGGCUCCCUCAAUGUCGAGACCACCCUCGGUGGAGGAACCUCCAUCUCGAGGGGGCUGUUCAUCGAGAUGUUCCUGACGACACAGCUGGUUUUCGUGGUGAUCAUGCUGGCGGCUGUCAAGCACAAGGCGACCUUUUUGGCGCCGGUGGGAAUUGGUCUUUCAUUCUUUGUCACUGAGCUGGCUGGUAUCUACUACACCGGCGGCUCGCUCAACUUCGCUCGCUCGCUCGGUCCUGCCGUGGUCAACCACCACUUCCCGGGGUAUUUCUGGAUCUACUUCGUCGGACCGCUGCUGGGCUCGCUUCUGGCCUCUGCGUUCUUCUACCUACUGAACCAGCUGCGAUAUCAGACGUGCAAUCCGGGCCAGGACUACAACGAGCUCGAGGCGCAGAUGGAGAAAGAGCGUUCAGCGUCGCAGUCGACUCCAGGCGAGAACCUCCAGCAAGGCCCGCGUCACACGCGCAACAUGUCCGAGCUGACGGCUGUCAAUUCCAGCAAUGGCCAUGCGAAUGACGUUGCUCAUGCGAAGCAGCAUUCAGAAUCACCGCUGGCGUCGCCAACGCAGACUACGCCUCCGGCAGGCGAGCCCAACUGA